AUGCCUAUUCCAAAUGACACGGUGUUCAUGCCCUCUGUGCUGACAUUCACUGGGAUCCCUGGUCUGGAACUUGUACAGCAUUGGAUUGGGAUUCCAUUCUGUGCUAUGUACAUGAUUGCUUUGAUUGGAAAUUCUCUACUUUUGAUCAUUAUCAAAUAUGAGUCCAGCCUCCAUGAGCCCAUGUAUAUCCUCCUAGCCAUGUUAGGAGCCACAGACAUUGCACUUAGCACCAGCAUUGUGCCCAAGAUGCUUGGCAUUUUUUGGUUCCACUUGCCAGAGAUCUAUUUUGAUGUUUGCCUCUUUCAGAUGUGGCUCAUCCACACAUUUCAAGGUAUUGAAUCAGGAGUCCUGCUGGCCAUGGCUCUGGACCGCUAUGUAGCUAUCUGUUAUCCUCUGAGGCAUGCUACAAUAUUCACACAACAAGUAGUCACUCACAUUGGAGUUGGAGUGACUUUGCGGCCUGCAGUUGUGCUAAUCCCCUGCCUAUUGCUCAUAAAGUGCCGUCUGAGACUUUACCGAACCACCUUAAUAUGCCACACUUACUGUGAGCACAUGGCUCUGGUGAAGCUUGCCACUGGAGAUGUUUACAUCAACAAGUUCUAUGGUCUUCUUGCAGCUUUUAUGGUUGGUGGACUUGACUUCAUUUUCAUCACCCUCUCCUACGUACAGAUAUUUAUUACUGUUUUCCACCUGCCCCAGAAAGAGGCACGGCUUAAAGCAUUUAAUACAUGUAUUCCUCAUAUAUGUGUCUUCUUCCAAUUCUAUCUUCUUGCUUUUUUCUCCUUUUUUACCCACAGAUCUGGAUCUUAUAUCCCAUCAUACAUACACAUCACCUUGUCCAACCUUUACCUACUAGUCCCACCAUUCCUCAACCCCUUCAUCUAUGGGGUAAAGACCCAGCACAUUCGUGAUAAGGUAGUGAAACUGUUCUGUUCCAAAGACCAGACUUGA